AUGAGUGGUGGCGAACCUGCCUUUCUGUCCCAUGUGGGCUGGAUGGUGUGUUUCAUGCUGCUUAACACGGCUUCGACACAAAAGGACAAUAAUGGAGGUCACUGGUGUGAUGUGCCUCAGACCACUAGAGACUACAAGACUGAUCUUUGCAUGGACUUCCUCGAACUUGCUUUCGAUGGCUGGCAGUUCCUCCAAGAAGCCCAGGACGAACCUCUCAAAUCCCUCUCAAAGAAGGAGAUGCAGCGUGCCCUGUACAGUUUCAUCGUCACUGAAUCCGAUGAAAAGUGUAAUUUUGUUAAAGAAGUUACAACUGAUGUAAGGAUGUGCUGUGCAGGUUAUACAGGGAGAAGGUGCAAGCAAGCUGUUUGUGACCCUCCCUGUGAGAAUGGAGGAACAUGUGUGAGCCCCCAAAGCUGUAGCUGUCCAUCAGGCUAUGGCGGAUGGCGAUGUGACAAUGACCUCUCAUUGGCUACAGGAGGGCUUGGAUUCUGCUAUACUGGUGAUACAUGCUAUGGUGAGAAGUCCAGGGCCAUCAACAGCUCUGUGCCAGUGGUCACCCAGGUAUCAUGUUUCCAGUAUGAUGAUGCAGGUUCAUGGGGUAUAGGGGACCAGGAGUGUAUCACAAGGAACCAAACAAAUGGCAUAAUAGGUUACAUCGAGAACACCAACAAUCUGAACUAUCGCACAUGUAUAUCUUCUGGUCCUCACUACCAUAGAACCUUUGAUGGAACAGAGUUUGAGUUUGCCGGAACAUGCGAAUAUACCUUGUUUGAGUCUGAGACUAACCCUGACCUCUAUGUCAGUGUCAGCAUGAAAGAUUGCGUCUCAUUUGCUAACUGUAAAAAGAAAGUAACAAUAGUGUUCAACAAGAAUGAAGUAUUUGAGGCAGUAGGGGGGAACAUUUUCAAGAUAGACCCUUUAACUGGUGACCUGUCUGAUGCCAUAGUGUUGCCCUAUGCCAGUGGUGGCGUGUCGGGCAAGCAGAAAAAUGACUUCAUAUACUUUGAGUCUCAAGGUCUGCGUGUAAAGUGGUCCAUAUAUGGUAGCAACACUGUCAAGGUGACUGUUACUGAGGUGUACAAUAAGAACAACAAACUGAGAGGCUUGUGUGGCAACUACGACUCUGAUGCUACUAAUGACUUUGAGAUGAAGGAUGGUACUGUAGUGACAUCUAUAAGUCAGUUUGCCAAUAGCUGGGUUAGGUACGACCCCACAGGAAUUGCAGGUUGUACGACUACAGACUUCAACCCCUCGUGUCAAGGAGAUGUAGAAGGCCAACGUCAAGCAAGACAAAGUUGUAGCUAUCUCAGCUCUGGAAUUUUCUCACAAUGCCAUUCUAAGGUGUCAUGGUACAGUCAUUUUGACCGAUGCGUGUCACUUUUCUGUGAAAUCAAAAGACUGAUUGCCAUAAAGAAGAAUACUGAGGAAGACAUGAUCAGGAUGAUGUGUUCAGCAUUUGAUACUUACAGCGCAGAGUGUUCCAAUGCUGGUGCUUGUACCCAAUGGAGAAAUGGUUUCUCCUACAAAAAUAUGACAUGUGAGAAGCAAUGCCCUGCCAAGAAAAUCUACAGUGAGUGUGGUUCUAGUUGUCCAAAGACAUGUUCGACUCUCUAUCAAGUCGUGGAUGAGUCAUGCUUCAGGGAACUAGAUCCAGGAUGUCAGUGUGAACUGGGGACUUACCUACAAGAAGGUGAAUGUGUUGAACCAGAGGAGUGCAAAUGUAUGUUCAAGAAUGUCCUGCAUGCCCCUGGUAGUGUGGUCAAGUCUGGUUGCAAUCUAUGUACAUGUGACAAAGCAAGAUGGUCGUGUACAGAUGACCCAUGUCCCAAGACAUGUUCUAUAGUAGGAUUUCUUCACUACACAACAUUUGACUCUGUUUCUUACUACACCAAAUCUAAGGCGGGAUGUUCUUACACACUGGUUGAGUCAUCAUCCACAAAAGACCAUCGACUAAAUCUUCAAAUCUCCAUCACUCUUGCCGAAUACAUGGAGAGCAAAGGAUUUCAGAAGGUUGGGAGUAUGAAGAUUGUUCAGAAUGACGCCACAUUAGAACUAUCUCUCUCAGGUGAUGACAUCACAGUCACUUCAGACAGUGGACGACUGGAGCACAGAAAAGCAUCUAAUUUGUUUUAUGAAAUAUCAGGAUAUGGGUUCACUGUGUUAUUGGCUAGGAACCGCAUUUACAUCACACUGACACCAGUCUAUCAGGCCAGAGGUCUGUGUGGUACACCAGAUGGACACAACGCCAAUGAGAUGAUGAAGAGAGACAACUUAGUUGAGGCAGAUAUGCAUGUGUUCAUGAAUGAGUAUGCAACAAAUUGUCCACUUAACUCUGGAGAUGGGGUUAGCAUGGAUGAUGUCACUCAGCUCAGUGAAUGUCCAGUUGCUGUAAGAGGCACUAUUGAAGAUGGAUGUAAGAAGUAUGUACGAGAUAUUGUAUCAAUUGAAUCAGUAUGCAGUCUUGAUAAGUCAGUCAUAACUAAACACCACGACAUGUGCUUCGCUGAUGGCUGUACUGCCCCAUCUUUAGAUAAGGUCAAUGAGGCAGUCUGCGUACAUGCACAUGCCUUAAUCUUCCAAUGUUCUCUGAAGGGAUCAUAUUUGAAUAUUGAUGACAGCGCUUAUGAUGACCUGAGGACUUCUUGCCCUGGAUUCCAAUGUGGUGGUAAUCAGGUUUACCAUACAAACCUCCCCUGCCAGGCUUACUGUAAAGAUGUCACUCUCAGAGUUGCUUGUGGAAUCCAUGAGACACAACUUUCUGGAUGCGGUUGCCGUGACGACCAGUACAUGAAUGAAGCUGGGAGCUGUGUCAAGCUGGAGCAAUGUUCUUGUUUUGACAAAGAGAACCCUGAUAAUCCAUACGGGGCUGCGGGAAAGGAAAGAAUCAUUGGGUGUUCAGACUGCAUCUGUAUCAAUGGUGAAUGGAAGUGUGACACUGAAAACUGUGCAGAGAUAACCUGUCCAAAAAAUCAAGUCUAUAUAAAGCAGGACCCCAAUGAAUGCCCCAAAGUCUGCUCAGACUAUGAUAAGGACACUUGUGAUCAUUAUGGAUGUGGAUGUGAAGCUGGAACAGCUAAGGAUGAAUAUGGGAAUUGUAUAGAUCCUGACACGUGUCCCUGCUACCAUCAAGGCAUGGCUUACAAUGCAGGAGAGAUCCUUGCAGUGGGCUGCCACAAAUUUACAUGUCAGAAGCGUAAAUGGGUGAAGCAUGACCCAAUAGGACAAGACUCCCUCUGCCCAGCCCUCUGUGUUAUAUCUGGCGACCCUCACUACCGAACAUAUGAUGGCUUCCUGUUCUCCUUCCAAGGCCAGUGCGACUACAUACUCACCCAGGAUUCUCAAACUGAACUGAAAGUCGUUGCUGGUAACCUGGCAUGUGGAUCAUCAGGAGUAAGCUGCACGAAGACAGUCUCUAUAACCCUCUCUGGUGGAAGAAGCAUUUCUCUUGUUAGAGGCAAUCCAAUUAUGUUUGACUCGGGAAAUGGCUUUUUGGAAGAAAUAGAUGUCUCUAUUGGUACUUACUCUGAGGGUAAUGUGACAAUAUCAAGAAUUGGACUGUGGAUCGUGAUCAGCGCUGAAGAUAACAAUUUCAGACUUCUUUGGGAUGAAGGUAUGAGGUUGAUGAUUGAACUGAAGUCAGUAUUCAAGAAGAGAAUGUCUGGCUUGUGUGGUAACUUUGAUGGUGAUGUAGAUAACGAGUAUACAUCAGCUUCAGGGGUGAGAGAGGAGACUGCAACUGCAUUUGCUGAUAGCUGGAAAACUGACAUGGCAUGUGCCGACACAAAAGAGGUGUCAAAUACAUGCACUCCGAAUGGUUCACUGGCAUACAGACUGACAUGGGCCCAAGAGAGCUGCAAUAUUAUAAAGUAUGGCACACUGUUUGAAGAAUGUAGAACGAACAUGCAGGACAGUGCAGUGGACAACUACUACAAGGAAUGUGUACACGAUGCUUGCAGUUGUGACAGUGGGGGAGACUGUGAGUGUCUAUGUACAGCUAUUGCCAAUUUUGGAGAACACUGUAAUAGACUAGGAACACCCGUGAGGUGGAGGUCUCAAGACUUGUGUCCCAUGCAGUGUGACUUUGGACUGGAGUACAAGGCAUGUUCGUCACCCUGUGAAGUGACAUGUAAAGAUAUAUCCGAAGCGGCAGAGAGUGAAACCUGUGAUAAGACUCUCUGUUUAGAGGGAUGUUUCUGUCCAGAUGGAUUUGCAAUGAAUGAUGGUGCAUGUGUUCCAUUGUCUGAGUGUCCCUGUCACUACAAGGGGGUGCCAUUUACUAAAGAAACUAACAUCACAAUUAACUGCAUGGACUGUGAGUGCCUAGAUGGGAAGAUAAUAUGCAGUGGUGCUAACUGCAGCCAAUGUGAAGAUGAUGAGUUCCAAUGUAAUGAGACAAAGCAGUGUAUACCAAACACAUAUAGAUGUGAUGGUGUCAAUGACUGUAAAGAUCUCUCUGAUGAAUUCGAUUGUGCAAUGUAUGCAUGUGAUGCCAACAACAUGAAAUGUGGCAACAAUGAAUGCAUUCACAACAUCUACGUGUGUGAUGACUUUGCUGAUUGUACAGAUGGAGCAGAUGAGGAUCCUGUAUGGUGUGGUCAACUGAAACAAUGUAGCUCAGGUGAAUUUCGUUGUUCCAAUGGGGAAUGCAUUCCUGCCCUGUUUGUUUGUGAUGGUGACAGCAAAGACUGUGGCACUGACGAUAACUCGGAUGAGGCAAAUUGCACAGAGUGUAUGAUUGGCUCGUUCAAGUGUGACACUGGUUUAUGCAUUGAUAUUCGCAAGAAGUGUGAUUUCCAUGAUGACUGUGGAGAUGGUUCUGACGAGAGAGGCUGCCAAGUAAGUACACUGAGGCCCUUUAGUACACCAAAGGGUCUUGCCUGUGUUACCAAAGAUGCUAUUCAAGACCCAGUUGCAGUUCCUGAUGACUUUGUACAACUGGAUUCAAGCCUAUUGCAUAGCCCACUUAGCAACCUCCGCAACCAAGGAGUGAAAUUCUCAGUCUACACAAGUGAUCCAUUUAACAUAUCUAUUAAAUUCGAUGACAAUGCAAACUUUAUGCCUGUGGAGAUGGGAGAUAUAAUUCUGACUGGGGCUGAGGGAAUCGACUCAAUGACUGUGUAUUUGGUACAAUUGGGAGACUAUGUCAUCAAACGGGACCUAACUAUACUAGAAGAGGGAUCCACUACUAUAAUGGAUUCAUUUGCCUCAGAAGCUAUCUCAGUCAUCAUAGAAAUAACACCCAAUGACAACGUGGAAGAAGUUGCCAUGGCAUCACUGCAAAUAAUUGCCUGUUUGGAGAAAGCCCCUUGUUACCUGUCAAAUAUAAACCAGCAUACGGGGACAACCUUUUCUCCUGAUAUUGGACCGUACGUUUCAUCAAGAAGGGGGAUUGGGCUUCCUGGAAACAGCCUCACCAUGCAUUUCCCAUCUAAUCUGUAUAAAGAAGUUGUCACUACAUAUUUACUUUAUGUGAAAGUGACGAACGCUCAUAGUGUCACGGUUAUGGCUGCUGAUAAAUUCGGCAACAGUUUAAGUUCUCGGGUAUUCACAGAACGAGGUCGCCAGCGUGGUAUUAAAGCAAGAAAGUGGGGAAGGAAAUUACUAGAAGAAGACGAAGGACCAAUAUUAGUCUAUCAACGAUUUGAUGGAAUAAGGAAUAUGAAGAUCAUUGAUUUAACGAUUAUACAUGACGACUCUACAUCAGAGCCAUCUAUGGUGUCUCGCUUGACCUGUAAAGUAUGUUUUGAAGCUAUGUCUACCCCCUCGACACAUAUCUGUAGUGCUGGGAAGUUCAAAUGUACCAGUGAACAAAAGAAAUGCGCUGUCAAAUGUGAUGGUAUAUUGGAGUGUGCUGAUGGAGAGGAUGAAACGGAUGAAUGUAAAGAAACUGUCACACCAACUAAUCAAACAAUUCCCGAGCCUUGUGUGACAUGUGUGAACAGUAAUGGGGAGAAUGUGUGUGUACCUGUGGAUACAGUCUGUCAGGAAGAGAUGCAAUGUUUUGACAAGGAUGAUGAAGACCUCUGUUUUCUUUGCAAUGAUGGACAAGUUCCAGUUCUAAACUGUGAUAAGAGAGGAGAGACUACAUGUAUAGAAUAUGGUGCCUUCUGUGAUGGGGUACAACAUUGUGAGACUGGAGUUGACGAACUACAUUGUAAUUGCACUGAUCCACUGAACCUCCCUGAAAAGGCAUUCCAAUCUAAUGUCGGGGACACGUCUGGGGUCUCGUUUGAAGAUCCUGACACUUUCUGGAGUCUCUCAGAAUUCCAGAGUGAAGCAAACAGGUGGAUCACCAUGGACCUUGGGUCUCUUUAUAAGGUAUCAGGCUUCAAGAUUAGAGUGAACAGAGUGUUAAGUUUUGGAGUAAACUACAAGAAGGAUAUAUAUACAGACCAAACAUGGAUGAAAGUUGACCAAGUCGCAUAUAUAAUGAAUGGUACAAAUACUUACACACUCAUGGAACAAAUAGAAGCUGAGAUUAUAAAGGUUAUCAUACUAACAAGUGGACAAUUGGACUUGAAUAUUGAUGCACUGGGAUGCGAAGUACUACGACCAGGUGGCAUAUCCACAGAGGCAACAACAACAACAACAACAUCGACUACAACAACUGAGAAAGGUGUUAAGCCAGGGGAGCGGACAACCACAGAAAGUGCCACUCCUUUACCUCCAAUAGGUGAUGAUUGUUUAUGGGCUGAAUGGUCUGCAUAUGGAGAAUGCAGCAAGGAAUGUGGCAUGGGCAGAAAAACCAGGACUAGGACCAAGUUACAACUGGCUAAGAAUGAUGGAGCUCCUUGUGAAGGAAGUGAUACAGAAACUUUGGACUGUAACACCCAUUUCUGCCCAGUUGACUGUGAACUGUCAAAGUGGAGUAAGUUCUCAAAAUGUUCAGUGACGUGUGAUUUUGGAGUUAGAAUCAGAACCAGAACAGUUGUUAAGGAGCCAUUACAUGGUGGGAAGGAGUGUGACCCUAUGCUGAAAGAACAAGAAAGAUGCACAGCAAGGAGAGGAAAGAAAUGCAAAGUAUGUGAACCACCAAGCUUCAACUCAUCAUGUGCCAGUAGAUCAGCAGCUGUGACGACAUGUGAUUGCUUGGAUUCCAACUGUAACAUCAUCGAUGAAGUUGAAUGUGAACCUGGAUGUACCUGUCCAGAUGGUAUGGUCAUGGAAGAUGGAGAAUGUAAAAAUGUGACUUUAUGUGGAUGCCUUGUUGGGGAUGUGGAAUAUAAUGCUGGGGAUAAGUGGAAAGAUGAAUGCAAUGAUUGUGAAUGUGUAAACGGCAAGAUUAAUUGUACUCCUGGCAUAUGUAAUGUUGAUUGCGUAUGGAGUGACUGGACAGAGUUUGGAGCAUGUAGCAAGGAGUGUGACACGGGAGAGAUGGUCAGAUAUAGGGCUGUUGUAUCAGAAGCUUUGGGUUCUGGUGAACCUUGUACAAACAUUACCAGUGAACGAGCACUAUGUAACACAGAGUGUUGUCCAACAUGUGAGUACAAAGGCAAAGAGAACCCAAUCGGUGAAGUGUGGAAUGAUGGCCAGUGCAAACAAUGCCUCUGUCUCUGUGAUGGUACAUCUAGCUGCUACCCAAUUGAACCAUAUGCCUGCAAAUGGGGUCAGUGGUCUGACUUGGGACCAUGUUCGCAUAGUUGUGGUAUUGGUUCUGCAAUGAGAUCUCGAAGCAUAGACACUCCAGCAAUUGGUAAUGGAGCUCCUUGUAUGGGUGAAACUACUGAUAUUCAGGACUGCAACACUGAAGCAUGUCCAGUUGACUGUGAAUUAUCUGAGUGGUCUGAUGCCAGUGAGUGUUCAGUGACAUGUGGAGUUGGUGUAGUCACCAGGACUAGAUCUAUAGUAGUUAAGAGUAAAUUUGGAGGCAAAGAGUGUGAAGGGCCACUUCUAGAACAGGACAUAUGCACCAAGGACCAAUGUGAUGAAUGUAUACCUCCAAGCUUCAACUCUUCAUGUGCCUCACAAUCACUCAGUAUCAAAUCGUGCAGCUGUAUUGCCAAUCCUGAUUGCAUUCUUAAUAGUGGUAAUAUCAUAUGUGAGCCUGGUUGUAUUUGCCCUGAUGAUAUGGUCAUGGAGCAGGGUGAAUGUAAACUCAGGACAGAAUGUGGAUGCAUGGUAGGAACCACAUCGUAUCAAAAUGGUGACAAAUGGAAUAAAACUGACUCUUGUGACAUUUGUGAGUGUAUGAAUGGCAAAGUUGUAUGCACCAAUAUGGAUGAAAACUGUAACAUUCCUUGUAUAUCAGAAUGGAGUGGCUAUGGCAGUUGUAGUGCAAAAUGUAAUGGUGGAGAAAUGACAAGAUAUAGAACCAUUGUGAGUGUUGCUAAAGGCAAUGGUACAAAAUGCACUGGCCCAGACAGUGAAACUGUUUCAUGUAACACUGACUGCUGUACAACAUGUACUUACAAUGAGAUUGAGCAUGAAGUAGGGACACCUUGGAAGCAGGGCAAAUGUACUGACUGUCAUUGCCUUUGUGAUGGAAGUGCAGUGUGCCUUGAUAUAAAUGGGUGUGUGGAAGAGGAAACAACUACUUGGACUCCAAUAACUCCAACUCCAUCGCGCACUACUCCAGGACCAGAUGAUUGCAUCUGGGAACAGUGGUCUGAAUGGGGUCAGUGUACUAAAUCGUGUGGUGUGGGAACUAAGACCAGGAAUAGGAAUAUAGCUAAACCAGCAACAAAUGGAGGCAAUGCCUGUCUCGGAGAGAGUACUCAAGUGACAGACUGUAACACAGACUUUUGUCCACCUAUCUGUACAUACACUGCAUGGAGUGAUUUUAGUAAAUGUUCUGUGUCAUGUGAUGUUGGUGUAAAAACAAGGACGAGAUCAUUGGAAGCACCAGCUCAAUUUGGUGUGGAAUGUCCCCGUUUCAUCACUGAACAAGAAGUCUGUGUGAAAAAGAAAACAUGCGAAGAGUGCAUUCCACCAAGUUUCAACUCAUCAUGUGCAAGUAAGUCAGCUACAGUAAUCACAUGUGACUGUUUGGAUGCAAGCUGUAACUUGCAAGAGGUUGAUGAAUGUCUGCCUGGGUGCACCUGUCCAGAAGGCAUGGUCAUGGAGAAAGGAGGAUGCAGGAAUGUUACAACUUGUGGUUGUAGAGUAGGGGAUAUGAAAUAUGCCAAUGGUGAUUCCUGGAAUGAAACUGAUGCCUGUAGAGAGUGCAAAUGUGUUAAUGGAAAGACAGAAUGUACACCUUAUAGCUGUGAUGUUGAUUGCAAGUGGAGUGAUUACAUUGAUGGUGUAUGUGAUAAAUCAUGCAAUGGAGGAACUUUGACACGCUACAGGACCAUUGAGAUAGAAGCAAAAGGCAAUGGUGCUGCCUGUAUUGGUGGAAAUAGUACAACAACAGAAUGCAACACAGGAUGUUGUCAAACAUGUAAUUACAAUGGAGAAGAACAUGAACUAGGAGUCUUCUGGUUUGAUGGACAAUGUGUGCAAUGUAUUUGUCAAUGUGAUGGUUUCCCAAACUGCUACCCUGUUGAAAAAUGUAAUGGCACUGGUACAACUCCUGAACCAAUAGAUCAAACAACUCCUGAAGCUUGUCCAUGGAACCCAUGGUCUGACUGGGGCCCCUGCUCAGCAACAUGUGGUAUUGGCAGCCGCACAAGAACAAGGACUGAUCCAAGUCAUGCAGAACUUCUGUGCCGUGAUGCUGGUGAUACAACUGAUAUUGGCGACUGCAACACUGAACCAUGCCCAGUUGACUGUGAAUUAUCGGAGUGGUCUGAUGCCAGUGAGUGUUCAGUGACAUGUGGAGUUGGUGUAGUCACCAGGAUUAGAUCUGUGGCAGUUGAGAGUAAAUAUGGAGGCAGGGAGUGCAAUGGAUCCCUGUUAGAGCAAGAAAUAUGUGUAAAGGAGCAGUGUGAUGAGUGUAUUCCUCCAAGCUUCAACUCCUCAUGUGCCUCUCAAUCACUCAGUAUCAAAUUGUGCAGCUGUAUUGCCAAUCCUGAUUGCAUUCUUAAUAGAAAUAAUGUCGCAUGUGAGCCUGGUUGUGUUUGCCCUGAUGAUAUGGUCAUGGAGGAGGGUGAAUGUAAACUCAGGACAGAAUGUGGAUGCAUGGUAGGAUCAACUCAAUACAAUAAUGGGGACACCUGGAAUAAUACAAAUUCUAAAUCAUGUGAAAAGUGCGAAUGUAAGAACAGUGAGGUGACAUGUACACCCUUUGCCUGUGAUGUGGACUGUAAGUGGGGUGCUUGGAGAGAAGGUGUUUGUGAUAAAACAUGUGGAACAGGAGAAAUGACAAGUUACAGGAGCCCCGAUGUUGAAGCACAAGGCAAUGGGAAAAGAUGUAGAGGUCCAUCAAACAAGACUGAGGCAUGUAAUACAGAUUGUUGCUUGACAUGCACUUUUAAUGGUAUUGAUCAUGAGUUAGGAAAAGCUUGGAAUGCCCCUGGAUGUAGAGAAUGUAAUUGCUUAUGUGAUGGAAGUUUCUUCUGCAUUGUAAUUGAUCCAAAUUGUACUGAGGCAGGACCAACGACACCCUUCAUUACAACACCUGUCACAGAUAAGAAUGAAACAACUCCCCGCGAUCCAGAUGAUUGUAAAUGGGGUGAAUGGUCAGAUUGGGACAGUUGCACAAGGAUUUGUGGUGUUGGAAAUACAACAAGGACAAGAAGUAUAACAAGACCUGCUAUAAAUGGUGGAGCUGCAUGUACAGGUGGUGCAAAUGAAACUAAAGAUUGUAAUACAAACAAAUGUCCAGUUGACUGUGAGUUGUCUGAGUGGACUGAUUAUAGUGAGUGUUCAGUGACAUGUGGAGUGGGUGUAAUAACCAGAAGUAGGAAGGUGGUUACAGAGCCAAAAUACGAUGGAGAUGAAUGUGAAGGACUCUUUGAACAGGAACAAUGUUUCAAAGAACAAUGUGAUGAGUGUAUUGAACCAAGUUUUAACUCAUCAUGUGCCAGUCGAGACCUAAGUAUUCAGGCAUGUGUCUGCAUUGGUAAUGAGGAUUGCAUACAGUCAUUGACAGAUGUUGAAUGUGUUCCUGGUUGUGUCUGCCCAGGGGGUAUGGUCAUGGAAGAAGGGGAGUGUAAAACAAUUGCCUCGUGUGGUUGCCUUGUUGGAUCUCAGAGAUACGCAAAUGGGGAAUCUUGGACAGAUGGUUGCAAUAAUUGUGAAUGUGUAGAUGGUGAAUAUGUGUGUACUCCAUUUGAAUGCAAUGUUGAUUGUAAGUGGAGUGAUUGGAGUGCCUAUGGUGCUUGUAGUAAAGCCUGUAAUGGAGGGGAUAUGUCCAGAUACAGGUCUAUAGACGUCGAGGCUCAGGGUAAUGGGACGUGCAGUGGAUCAGAAACUGAAACAACGCCAUGCAAUACAGACUGUUGUCCAGUGUGUAAUUAUGUUGGAGUUGACCAUGUUAACGGGGAAAAAUGGCUAGAAGGAACUUGCAAUGAAUGUUAUUGCCUUUGUGAUGGGUCUGUUACCUGCUUCCCUGUUUAUAAUUGUACAGAUUGCAAAUGGGAGGAUUGGUCAGAUUGGGGAGAAUGCACUAAAACAUGUGAUGUAGGUGUCUCAACAAGAACAAGAGGGAUUGCAGAGAUGGCAAAGAAUGGUGGAGCUGAUUGUCUGGGGGAUAACAUUGAUACUAUGGACUGUAAUACAGAUUUCUGUCCAGUUGACUGUGUGGUAUCUAGUUGGAGUUUAUAUGGCCCAUGUUCAGUGACAUGUGAUGUUGGUGUGAUGCAACGUAGCAGAACAAUAGAUGUACCUGCACAAUAUGGAGGAAAGGAGUGUCCUACUGUACUGAUACAACAGGAAAUGUGUGUCCAGAGCACAAAAUGUCAAGAAUGUAUACCUCCCAGUUUCAACUCAUCAUGCGCAAGUAAAUCAGCAGCUGUGACAACAUGCGACUGUCUGGAUACCAAUUGUGAUUUGAACAAAACCACCAUAUGUAUACCCGGAUGUACCUGUCCAGAUGGUAUGGUAAUGGAUGGUGGAGAGUGUAAAAAUGUGGCAUUGUGUGGAUGUCGUGUUGGCUCUGUGGAAUAUAAAACUGGAGAUAUUUGGGAAGACACUACAUCAUGCCAAACUUGUGAAUGCAAAGAUGGGCAGAUAAAUUGUACAGAAAAUACAAAUGAUUGCGAUGCAUGCAAUUAUCCCAACUGCAAGUGGAGUGAUUGGAAACAUGGGGUAUGUUCUGCAAAAUGUGCUGGUGGGGAAAUGACAAGUUACAGAACUGUUGACAUUGAUUGUGAAUCGUCUCAGUGUGCAGGCCAAUCCACUAAAACAACACCAUGUAACACUGAAUGUUGCGACACAUGUAUGUUCAAUGGCAUGGAGUAUCAAAGUGGAAUUUUCUGGCUGAAUGAGGAGAAUGGAGAGUGCAAAAAAUGCAUAUGUGAGUGUAAUGGAUUGCCUACUUGCUACAGCAGUGAUGAAUGUGGAAAAUCAACUACAACUCCAGGUCCAGGGACAACACCUUCUACAACACCUGGUCCAGAUGACUGCCAGUGGGGCGACUGGUCAAACGAGGACACAUGUUCUCAUUCAUGUGGAAUUGGAAGUAGGAUAAGAUCACGUAGUAUAGAGAAGGAGGCUAUAAAUGAUGGAAAGCCUUGUACUGGAAGCACCACUCAGGUUGAAGAUUGCAAUACAUCACCCUGUCCAGUUGACUGCAAACUAUCAGAAUGGUCAGUCCCAAGUGAAUGUUCAGUAACCUGUGGAGUUGGAUCUGUAACCGUUACAAGGGAGGUUGUUAUACCUAGUAAAUAUGGAGGAAAAGAAUGUGAUGGUGACUUCUUUAAACAGGAGUUGUGUGUCAGAGAGCAAUGUGAUGAGUGUCUCCCACCAAGUGUGAACUCUUCGUGCGCAAGUCAGUCAUUGAGUGUGAGAACAUGUGAAUGCUACAGUAAUGAUGACUGCUCUAUAGAGAAGAGUGAGACAUGUGAACCUGGUUGUGUAUGCCCUGAUGGUAUGAUCAUGGAAGAUGGGGAAUGCAAGAGCAUUUUAGAAUGUGGCUGUAGAGUAGGAUCUGUUAAAUAUGAAAAUGGUGAAUCUUGGACCAAUACUGACACAUGUGAACAAUGCACAUGUCUGGAGAGCAAGAUUGAGUGCACCACAUUUGAGUGUGAUGUGAAUUGUACAUUGAGUAAUUGGAGUGAGUAUGGUUCUUGUGAUCAGAUAUGCAACGGUGGAACCAUGACAAGAUACAGAUUUGUUGAGAAACAAGCCAAGGGAAAUGGUGCUCCAUGUACCGGUGAAGAAAGUGAAAGUGCUGAAUGUAACACAGACUGUUGUGAUAUAUGCUUCUACAAUGGGGAGGAAUAUCAACGUAGCAUAUCUUGGAAUGAAAAUAAAUGCAGUGAAUGCCAUUGCUUGUGUGAUGGAAGUGUAGAAUGCAUAUCAAUUGAAGGAUGCGUUGAUCCCGACUGUGAAUGGAAACCUUGGUCUGACUGGAAUGAGUGCUCAAAGAGUUGUGAUGUAGGUACAACUACAAGAAAUAGAAGCAUAGCUAAGCCUGCUGAUCUACAAGCUGGUGGUCAACCAUGUCUUGGCAGUAAUACAGACACAAUGGACUGCAACACGUUUCCAUGCCCAGUUGAUUGUAAACUAAGUGAAUGGAGUAAAUACAGUAAAUGCUCAGUAUCAUGUGAUGUUGGUGUAAAGACAAGAACAAGAACUAUAGAAACUGAGGGACAGUUCAACGGAAAAGAUUGCAACGAUGUAAUUCUUACUGAGCAAGAAAUAUGUGUGAAGCGAAAGAAAUGUGAAGAAUGCAUUGCACCAAGCUUCAAUUCAUCAUGUGCCAGUAAAUCAGCAGCUGUGACAACAUGUGAUUGCUUGGAUACCAACUGUAACCUCAAUGAGGCAGUUGAAUGUAUCCCAGGAUGUACCUGCCCAGAUGGCAUGGUCAUGGAAAGGGGAGAGUGUAAACAAAUAACCUCCUGUGGAUGUACUGUUGGGCCACUUACAUAUAAACCUGGACAAUCUUGGCAAACUACUAAUCCCUGUGAAGACUGUACUUGUGAAAAUGGCACAAUAAAUUGCAUACCACGUGUAUGUGAUGUUGAUUGUGUAUGGGGUGAAUGGACAGACUUUGGAGUAUGUGAUGAACCUUGUAAUGGGGGAGAAAUGACCAGAUACAGGUCAAUCUUGUUUGAGGCCCAGGGACAGGGUAAACAAUGUAAUGGGACAACAAGUGAUGUAGCACCUUGUAAUACAGAUUGUUGUCAGACAUGUACUUACAAUGGACAAGCAUUUAAUCUUGGAAACAAAUUGGUUGAUACUGAUGGAUGCAGGCAAUGCUUUUGUCAAUGUGAUGGUAUCCCAGAGUGCUAUGACUAUGAUAAAUGUGAAUGCAGUGGUGUUAAUGUAACAGAAGAGGAAGAUUGUGAGGAACCAGGACCAGGACCAGAUGACUGUGUGUGGUCCAUGUGGAAUGAUUGGGGGAUUUGUUCUGCAUCCUGUGGUAUUGGAAGUAGAAAUAGAACAAGAAGCAUAAUUAGGGAAGCCAUUAAUAAGGGACUUCCUUGCACUGAGAGAACAACUGAAACUGAAGAUUGUAACACAUCACCUUGUUCAGUUGACUGCAUAUUCACUAAAUGGGGAGAAUUCAGUGACUGCUCUGUGACUUGUGGAGUAGGUGUGAAAACCAGAAAAAGGGAAAUUGAAGUUCCCAGUCAAUAUGGUGGGAAGGAAUGUGACGUGUUCUUUGAUCAAGAGAUUUGCACGAAGGAACAGUGUGAUGAAUGUAUACCACCAAGUUAUAACUCAUCCUGUGCCAGCCAAUCAGCAAGCAUAUUGUCAUGCAACUGCAUUGACACAGAUGCAUGUAAUGUGGAUACAAGUGACACCUGUGAACCUGGAUGUGUGUGUCCAGAUGACAUGGUAAUGGAGGAAGGUGAAUGUAAACCCAGAACAUCAUGUGGUUGCUUAGUUGGAACCACCAAGUAUGAAAAUGGUGCGGUAUGGAACAAAUCAGAUACGUGUGAACAAUGCCGUUGCCAAGACAGCCAGGUGAUAUGUGAUCCUUAUGAGUGUGAUGUUGACUGUGAGUGGACAGAAUGGAGUGACUAUGGAAUUUGUGAUAAACCCUGUAAUGGUGGUUAUCAAUCAAAAUAUAGGACAGUUGGUGUUGAACCUAAGGGCAAUGGUGCUGAAUGUACUGGUAACUCAACAAUGACUAUACCAUGUAAUACAGAGUGUUGCGCAACAUGUACAUACAACAAUGAGGAAUAUGCACUUGGAAAAUCAUGGAAAGGGGACACAUGCAGAGAUUGCUAUUGUAACUGUGAUGGUACUGCAGAAUGUGUGGAUAUUGAUGACUGUGAGGAUCCAGACUGCAAAUGGGGAGAUUGGUCUAGUUGGGAAGAAUGUUCAGAAACAUGUAAUAUGGGUAUCACAAAAAGGACUAGAAUUAUAGUUAAGCUUGCAGAAGAAGGAGGUGAAAAAUGCCUUGGAUCUGACACUGAUACAAUGGAUUGUAAUACACAGUUCUGUAAAGUUGACUGCACACUAUCAGAAUGGAGUGAAUUUUCCUCAUGUUCUGUAACUUGUGACGUUGGUGUGAAAACUAGAACAAGAACUAUUCUAGAAGAAGAGAAAUAUGGUGGAACAUGUGCUGAUACUCUCAUUGAACAAGAAAAUUGUAUUAGUGACAAGAAAUGCGAAGAAUGUAUCCCACCGAGCUUCAACUCAUCAUGUGCCAGUAAAUCAACAUCUGUGAAAACAUGCGAUUGCUUGGAUUCCAACUGUGAUUUCAAUGAGGCAGAAGAAUGUGUCCCAGGAUGUACCUGUCCAGAUGGUAUGGUAAUGGAAGGUGGAGGGUGUAAAGAUGUAACAACAUGCCCAUGUACUGUUGGUUCAGUGAAAUACCAAUCAGGCGAAAAAUGGAAUGAUACUGAUGCAUGUGAAGAAUGCACAUGUGAAAAUGGAAAGAUAUCUUGUGUUGAAUAUGACUGUUAUAUAGAUGGUCCAUGUGUGUGGUCUGAAUGGACCGAUUAUGGAACUUGUGACCAGCCAUGCAAUGGAGGUGUAAAGACAAGAUAUCGAACUCCUGAGAUUGAGAGAGAUUCUUGCAAAUUGGAUGUCCGAACAGAGGAUUCCCCAUGUAACACAGAAUGUUGUCAACGAUGCAGUCUCAAUGGAGUUGAGCAUAUUAUGGGUGAAUCAUGGGUUGAAGGAUGCCAGGACUGCAUGUGCAAGUGUGAUGGAAUACCUGAAUGUUAUGAGCUUGAAAACUGUGAAACUCCAUCGCCAAAUGUGACUACAACACCAUCACCAGAUAGUUGCCAGUGGAGUCAAUGGUCUGAUUGGGACUUCUGUUCUGUGACAUGUGGUGUUGGGACUUAUACUAGGUCAAGGUCGAUAGAGAGAGAGGCAAUAAAUGAUGGAGAAGGCUGUGAAGGACCAACAUCUAUGAAAGGAGACUGCAAUACAUCUCAAUGCCCAGUUGACUGUGAAUUGUCACAAUGGACAGAUUUUGGAGAUUGCUCAGUCACAUGUGGAGUUGGUGUCAAAACAAGAAAAAGGCAAAUUGAUGUUCCCAGUCAAUUCAAUGGGAGAGAAUGUGAGGGUGACCUUUUUGAGCAAAUUCUUUGCACCAAAAUACAAUGUGAUGAGUGCCAUCCACCUAGUGUCAAUUCAUCAUGUGCUAGCCAGUCUCUUAGUGUCAUGACUUGUGACUGUAUUGGGAAUGCUGACUGUACACUAGAAGAAUCAGAUACGUGUGAGCCUGGCUGUGUAUGCCCAGAUAACAUGGUGAUGGAACAAGGUGAAUGCAAACUGAUCCCAGAAUGUGGUUGCCUGGUGGGCUCAGUGAGAUAUGAGAAUGAAGAGAUCUGGAACACAACUGGCACCGGCACUUGUGAACAAUGCCAAUGUUCUGAAAGUCAAGUUAUAUGUCAGUCUUACGAUUGUGAUAUUGAUUGCAAGUGGACUGAAUGGAGUGAUUACGGAACUUGUUCACAAGAAUGCAAUGGUGGAGAAAUGAUGAGAUACAGAACUGUCUUGUUUGAGGCAAAGGGUAAUGGAAAGGAAUGUGAGGGCUCAGAUGUUGAAAGCAUGGCUUGUAACACAGAUUGUUGCAAGGUUUGCAAUUAUAAUGAAGUAGAACAUGAGAAUGGUAUUCCUUGGAUGGAAGAGAAGUGUCUGGAAUGCCAAUGUAUGUGUGAUGGAAAGUCCAUAUGCUUACCUGUAGUGGAUUGUGAGGAUAAUGAUUGUAAAUGGACAGACUGGUCUGAUUGGGAUACUUGCAGUGCAUCAUGUGGUGUGGGCAGCAAGACGAGAACAAGAAGCAUUGCUAGUAUGGCAAAGCCUGGUGGGGAAGCAUGCAUUGGGGACAGUGAAGAUACCAUGGACUGCAAUACCCAGAUUUGUCCAAUUGACUGUAAGCUGUCUGAAUGGAGUGAAUUUAGUGAAUGUUCAGUAACCUGUGAUGUUGGGAGUAAACAACGUACACGAUCAGUUGAUGUCCCUGCACAAUUUGGAGGAGAGGAAUGUGACCCUAUACUGAUUGAACAAGAGAUAUGUAUUCAAGUUGAAAAGUGUGAAGAGUGUAUCCCGCCAAGCUUCAACUCAUCAUGUGCCAGUAAAUCAGCAGCUGUGACAACAUGUGAUUGCUUGGACUCAAACUGUGAUCUCAAUGAGGCAGUUGAAUGUGUCCCAGGAUGUACCUGUCCAGAUGGCAUGGUCAUGGAUGGUGGCGAGUGUAAAAACAUAGCUUCAUGUGGAUGCCUUGUUGGCUCAGUAGAAUACAAACCUGGUGAAAAGUGGAAUGACACAACUGCGUGCAAAACAUGUGCAUGCAUAAAUGGCCAAACAUCAUGCAUGGAAUAUGAAUGUGAUGUUGACUGUCAAUGGAGCGAUUGGUAUGAUGGCGAAUGUAGUGAGAAAUGUUCGACUGGCAAGAUGACUAGUUACAGGACUGUGAAAACCGCAGCAAAAGGAAAUGGUGUAGAAUGUAAAGGACCUACAAAGAAAACAACAAAUUGCAACACCGACUGCUGUAAAGUAUGCAGUUACAAUGAUAAAGAACAUCCUUUAGGAGAAUUUUGGUAUGAAGAAUGGCUUGGCGAAUGUAAAGAAUGUAUUUGCCAAUGUAAUGGACUCCCAGUAUGCUACGAUAGCGACCUUUGUGGGGUUAUUACUAAUGGAACUACCCCAAAACCAACACCUGGUAUAGAUGAUUGCCAAUGGGACGAUUGGUCAGACUGGGACACUUGUUCUGAAAUAUGUGGUAUUGGGAAGAGGACAAGAUCAAGGACUAUAAGAAGGGAAGCGAUAAAUGAUGGAGCUCCCUGUGUUGGAAGUACUACUGAGGUUGGAGACUGCAACACACAGCCAUGCCCAGUCGACUGUGAAUUCUCUGAGUGGUCUGAGUACAGUGAAUGUUCAGUAACAUGUGGAGUAGGAACUGAGACAAGGACUAGAGAGAUUGAAAUACCUCCAAAAUAUGGCGGAAAAGAAUGUACUAAUGAGUUCCUUCAACAGGAACUAUGUUACAGAGAACAAUGUGAUGAGUGUAUUCCUCCAAGCUUUAACUCUACAUGCGCCAGUCAGGAUAUAAGUGUACAAGGAUGUAGCUGCAUUGGUAAUGAUGACUGUGCUACAGAAAGUACAGACGUAUGUCAGCCUGGCUGUGUAUGCCCAUAUGGAAUGGUAAUGGAAGAACAUGAAUGCGUGGAUAUAACAACAUGUGGUUGCUUAGUUGGGUCCAAGAAAUAUGAAAAUGGAGAUGUUUGGAAUAGCACUGAUGUGUGUAAACAAUGCGAAUGUCAGGAGAGUGAAAUUAUCUGCGCACCUUAUAUUUGCAAUGUUGAUUGCAAAUGGAGUGAAUGGAGUUCCUUUGGUGCUUGUAAUCAGGAUUGUAAUGGUGGAGAAAUGAUGAGAUAUAGGAUGGUUGAAUCUGCAGCUCAGGGUAACGGGUCUGAGUGUUUGGGUCCUCACAAAGAGUCAAUGGAUUGUAACACUGGUUGUUGUCAAGUCUGCACUCACAAUGAGGUUGACUAUGAAAUUGGUAAACCUUGGAAGGACGACACAUGUAUUGAAUGUCAUUGUUUAUGUGAUGGAAGCACAGAAUGCAAACAGAUUGAGAAUUGUGUUGAUCCUGAUUGUAAAUGGGGACCCUGGUCUGUAUGGGGAACAUGUUCAGAGACAUGUGGUGUAGCUGUCACUACAAGGAAUAGGACCAUUGCUAAAAGAGCAGAUGAUGGUGGUGAAGCUUGUCAGGGCAGUGCCAUUGACACUAAAGAUUGCAAUACAUCUCCCUGUCCAGUUGAUUGUAAAUGGUCUAAGUGGAGUAAAUUUAGCAAAUGUUCUGUAUCGUGUGAUGUUGGAGUGAAGACUAGAACAAGAUCAGUGUCCAUUGAGGCAGCAUAUGGAGGAGUUGAAUGUGAUGGCAAACCUAUUGAACAGGUGAUAUGUACCAGGAGGAAGAAAUGUGAAGAAUGUAUCCCACCAAGUUUCAACUCAUCUUGUGCAAGUAAAUCAGCAGCUGUGACAACAUGUGAUUGCUUGGAUUCCAACUGUGAUCUCGAUGGAGCAGAAGAAUGUAUCCCGGGAUGUACCUGCCCAGAUGGCAUGGUCAUGGAAGAUGGAGAAUGUAAGAAGAUUGAAGAAUGUGGAUGCCUUGUUGGAUCUGUAGAAUAUAGAGCUGGAGACCAAUGGAAUGAUACUGAUGCUUGCCAAACAUGCACUUGCACAGAAGGAAGAACAUCAUGCGUGCCAUAUGACUGUGAUGAUGAUUGUGAAUGGGGUGACUGGAGUGACUAUGGAACUUGUGAUGCACCAUGUAAUGGUGGAGAAAUGACAAGAUAUAGAUCUAUCAAACAGGCCGCUAAAGGAAAUGGUAAAAACUGCACUGGUGAUGCAACUCAGACAUCUCCAUGUAACACAGAUUGCUGUCAAACAUGUAAUUACGAUGGAAUCAGCUAUCCUAAAGGUGUUCUUUUCAAUGUAGAUGAUGAAGAGUGUAAACAAUGUUUAUGUCAGUGUGAUGGAUUGGUCAACUGCUAUACUAAAUGUGACAAUGGUACAUCCAACAAAACAUCAGAUGAUUGUCUCUGGGGUGAUUGGUCAGACUGGAAUGCUUGUUCCCGUUCAUGUGGUGUCGGAAGUAGAACCAGGUCAAGAGCUAUUGAACGUGAAGCAAUUAAUGAUGGAGCUGGCUGCGUGGGUGAUACAGUAGAUAUAGGGGAUUGUAAUACUUCACCUUGCCCAAUUGAUUGUGAGCUGUCCGAAUGGUCAACAUUCAGCGAAUGCUCAGUGACUUGUGGGGUUGGCGUAUUAACAAGAAAGAGGGAUAUUGUAAUAGAUAGUCAACAUGGUGGAAAGUGCGAUGAAAAUAUCUUUGAUCAAAAGAUGUGUAUCAAAGAACAGUGUGAUGAGUGCAUUCCACCAAGUUAUAACUCAUCCUGUGCCAGCCAAUCAGCAAGCAUAUUGUCAUGCAACUGCAUUGACACAGAUGCAUGCAAUGUGGAUACAAGUGACACCUGUGAACCUGGAUGUGUGUGUCCAGAUGACAUGGUAAUGGAAGAAGGUGAAUGUAGACCCAGAACAUCUUGUGGUUGCUUAGUAGGGUCUGUUAGAUAUAAAAAUGGAGAUAUUUGGAAUAACACUGAUCAAUGCAAGCAAUGUCAAUGUAUAGACAGUGAUGUACAAUGUACAGAAUAUGACUGUGACGUCUGCAAGUGGACAGAGUGGAGUGAUUUUGGUUCUUGUGAUGCAAAUUGUAAUGGUGGUAAAAUGAUUAAAUACAGACAAUUACUAACUGAGCCUCGUGGUAAUGAUAUCCAGUGUCCUGGAGAGUCCUCAAUGGUUGCACCUUGUAACACUGAUUGUUGUGAUGUCUGUACAUACAAUGGUGUUGAGCAUGAUAUUGGUGUCCCAUGGAAUGAGAAAAAAUGUGUUGAAUGCAACUGUUUGUGCGAUGGAACUUCUGCCUGUUUUCCCAUUGAAGGAUGUGUUGAUAAUGACUGCAAAUGGGGACCAUGGUCUGAUUGGGAUGAGUGCACAGAAACAUGUGGUAUUGGAACUACUCAAAGGACAAGGAACAUUGCUCGAUUUGCUGUUGAUGAUGGUUUGGGAUGUCAAGGGAGUGAUACUGAAACUACAGACUGCAAUACACAACCCUGUCCAAUUGACUGUGAGCUGUCUGAGUGGAGUAAAUUUAGCAAAUGUUCUGUCUCAUGUGAUGUUGGUGUAAAGACUAGAACAAGAGUAAUUGAGCAACCAGCUCAACAUGGAGGUGCAGAAUGUGACCCAAUUGUGAUUGAACAAAAUCAGUGUGUCAGGCGAAAAACCUGUGAAGAAUGUAUCCCACCAAGUUUCAAUUCUUCAUGUGCAAAUAAAUUAGCGGCUGUGACGACAUGUGAUUGUCUGGAUGAAAACUGCCAACUGAAUAGUGUAGAGAAGUGUGUCCCAGGAUGUACCUGUCCAGAUGGUAUGGUAAUGGAUGGUGGAGAGUGUAAAAAUGUGACAUUGUGUGGAUGUCUUGUUGGCUCUGUGGAAUAUAAACCUGGAGAUAAGUGGGAAGACGCAAAUGCAUGUCAGCAAUGCUCCUGUGUAAGUGGAGAGGUACAAUGCAAUCCACUUGAUGACUGCAAUGUUGAUUGUAAAUGGAGCGAUUGGAGUGACUUUGGUAGCUGUAGUGCUAUUUGCAAUGGUGGAGAUAUGAUCAGAUACAGGACUAUCGAAUCUGUUGCUAAGGGGAAUGGAGCUAAUUGUACAGGAGAAUCCAGUGAGAGCAAACCAUGUAACACUGGCUGUUGUGACACAUGUGAUUAUAACGCAAUUGAACAUAACAAUGGUGAAAUCUGGAUGGAUGGAGAAUGUAGACAGUGCAUCUGUCAGUGUGAUGGAAGACCGAACUGUUAUGAUGUUACACCUUGUGUUUCUACAAUAGUUACACCCACUGGACCAACUCCAGAACCAACUCCAUCUCCAGAUGACUGUCAGUGGGGAGAUUGGAGUGAUUGGGGAGAAUGUUCCUUGACAUGUGGCAUUGGAAGUAGGGAAAGCACUAGAACCAUAAAGAGGCCAGCAGUUAAUAAAGGAUCUGGUUGCUCUGGAAACACAACAAAAUAUGAAGACUGCAACACAUCACCUUGUCCAGUAAACUGUGUAUUAUCUGAAUGGAGUGCAUUGAGUGAGUGCUCUGUAACUUGUGGAGUCGGUGUCCAAACCAAAUUGAGAGAAGUAGUGAUUCCUAGCAAAUAUGGUGGAAAGGAAUGCUCUGGUCCAUUUGUUGAUGAGAAACUUUGCUACAAAGAGCAGUGUGAUGAAUGCAUUGAGCCAAGCUUCAACUCUUCAUGUGCCAGUGAAUCAGAAAGUAUUCUGUCCUGUAGUUGCCUGAUUGGCAAUGAGGGAUGUAGUCUAAGUAAGGAUGCCUCUUGCACACCUGGCUGUGUUUGCCCUGAUAACAUGGUACUUGAAGGUGGAGAGUGUAAACCCAGAGACUCGUGUGGUUGUUUUGUUGGCUCUAAUAGAUAUGAAGAUGGAAAGAUUUGGGAAAGAACAUCCCCUGCUUGUGAAAGAUGCGAAUGUAAAAACAAUGAAGUCAUUUGUGAACCCUUUGAAUGCAAUGUUGAUUGUCAGUGGUCUGACUGGAGUGAUGGACGCUGUGAUAAAACAUGUGGUGGUGGCAUAAUGGACAAAUACAGGACAAUUGACACUGUAGCUAAAGGAAAUGGUACAUGUCCUGGUGACUCAACCACCAGUACUGAAUGCAACACAGAUUGUUGUGACACAUGUAUAUACAACACUAAGGAACAUACAACUGGAAUUCCAUGGGAGGAGGACUGCCAAGAAUGCCAUUGUCUAUGUGAUGGAAGUACAGUUUGUCUGGAUCUUGAAGACUGUAUUGAUUGCCAAUGGAAACCAUGGUCUGAUUGGGAUGAAUGCACAGUGACAUGCGGUGUAGGUCAAACCACAAGGACUAGAAGCAUAGCUCGAUUUGCUCAAGAAAAUGGUAAACCUUGUGUUGGAAGCGAUACUGAUACAAUGGAUUGCAAUACACACUUCUGCCCAGUUGAUUGCAAGUUAUCUGAAUGGAGUGCAUUUAGUGCAUGUUCAGUGUCAUGUGAUGUUGGUGUAAAGACAAGAACAAGGGCUGUAGAAAUAGAAGCAGCUUUCGGUGGAUCACCAUGUAAUGAUGUCCUAAUUGAACAAGAUACAUGUGUUAGCAACGAAAAAUGUGAAGAAUGCAUUCCACCCAGCUUCAAUUCAUCAUGUGCAAGUAAGUUGGCAGCUGUAACAACAUGUGAUUGCUUGGAUACCAACUGCAAUCUCAAUGAGGCAGAAGAGUGUGUCCCAGGAUGUACGUGUCCAGAUGGCAUGGUCAUGGAGGGGGGAGAGUGUAAAGAUGUUGCAUCAUGUGGAUGCCUUGUGGGCUCUGUUGAAUAUAAAUCUGGAGAAACCUGGACUGACACUGAUGAUUGCCAAAUAUGUGAAUGCACUGGUGGAAAGACAAAGUGCAACUAUUAUGAUUGUGAUGUUGAUUGUAAAUUGAGUGAGUGGAGUGACUUUGGAUCGUGCGAUGAACCAUGCAAUGGGGGCAAAAUGACCAGAUAUAGGACUGUCCUAACUGAAGCAAAGGGAAAUGGUAGUGAAUGCCCUGCAUGGCCCACCAGUGAGGAGGAAGACUGUAACACUGAUUGUUGUACAUCUUGCAACUAUAAUGGCAUUGAUAUAAAUGUCGGUGAACCAUGGCAAGAUAAAGAGUGCACACAAUGUAUAUGCCAGUGCAAUGGUCUUCCAGACUGUUACGACUUGGAUUCGUGUGAAAUUACACCUACUGGACCAACUCCAACUCCUACAGAACCACCACCUUCACCAGAUGAUUGCAAGUGGAGUAUUUGGUCUGACUGGAGUAAUUGUACACUUGAAUGUGGCCUUGGGAGUAGGACACGCACAAGAACAAUAGUCAGGAAAGCAAUAAAUAAUGGAAGGCCAUGUGAGGGGGAUAUGGAUGAAACUGAGGACUGCAAUACAUCACCCUGUCCAGUUGACUGUAUGUUAUCAGCAUGGACAACCUUCAGCGAAUGUUCAGUCACCUGUGGCGUAGGUGUUAUUACUAGAGCACGAGAUAUAGAAAGAGCCAGUGCAUUUGGUGGAAAAGAAUGUGAUGGUGUGCUGUUUGAACAGGCACGGUGUGUGAAGGAGCAAUGUGAUGAAUGUAUUGCACCAAGCUUCAACUCCUCAUGUGCAACUCAGUCACAAAGCAUACUCUCAUGCAACUGCAUUAAUAAUGAGGACUGCAGUCUUGAGAUGAGUGCUACAUGUGAGCCUGGAUGUGUGUGUCCAGAUGAUAUGGUGAUGGAAGAAGGUGAAUGUAAAUUAAUCACAGCAUGUGGUUGUAUGGUAGGAACAACCCGAUAUGAAGACAAAGAGACAUGGAAUAAUACAGACUCUUGUGAGAUUUGCCAGUGCACGAAAAACAAAGUGAAUUGUGAACCGUUUGACUGUGAUGUUAACUGUACAUGGAGUGAUUGGAGUAACUUUGGAACAUGUAGUGAACCUUGUAAUGGUGGUGAGAUGAAAAGAUACAGAUCAGUUGUAAUGGAGCCCAAGGGCAAUGGAGUUUGUGAAGGCUCAAAUGAAGAGAGUGUUCCGUGUAAUACAGAUUGUUGUACUGUUUGUAUAUACAAUGGACAAGAAAAGGAAUUGAGCAUAUCCUGGCAAGAUGGCAAAUGCACAGACUGCCAUUGUAUGUGUGAUGGCACUUCUCUAUGUCUACCUAUAGAGGGAUGUAAUGACACUGAUUGUGAAUGGGAAAAUUGGUCAGACUGGGGAGAGUGCACAGAGACAUGUGGAGCAGGUACAUCAACAAGGACCCGACAGAUUGCUAGGAUGGCUGGUGAAGGUGGACAAGCUUGCAUCGGUGAUAGUGUUGACACCAUGGAUUGUAAUACGCUACCAUGUCCAGUUGACUGUAAGGUAUCAGAAUGGAGUGCCUUCAGCAAGUGCUCUGUAUCAUGUGAUGUUGGUGUUAAGACUAGAACAAGGACUAUGGAGGCUGCUGCUGAGUAUGGUGGAGAAUGUAAACUUAUUGAGCAAGAGGUUUGCACAAGAAAAAGGAAAUGUGAAGAAUGUAUCCCGCCAAGUUUCAACUCAUCAUGUGCCAGUAAAUCAGCAGCUGUGACGACAUGUGAUUGCUUGGAUACCAACUGUAAUCUCAAUGAGGCAGUUAAAUGUGUACCUGGAUGUACCUGUCCAGAUGGCAUGGUCAUGGAUGGUGGCGAGUGUAAAAACAUAGCUUCAUGUGGAUGCCUUGUUGGAUCUGUAGAAUAUAAAGCUGGAGACCAAUGGAAUGAUACUAAAGCAUGUCAGCUAUGUGAAUGUAAAGAUGGUAAAAUUAGCUGUAUGCCACACACAGAUGGAUGUGAUGUAAAUUGUGAAUGGGGAGACUGGAUUGAUGGAUCGUGUGAUAUGGACUGUGGUGGGGGACAGAUGACAAGCUACAGAGUUAUAAAGACACCAGCCAGGGGCAAUGGGGAGAAUUGCACAGGGCCAACCAGUAUAGUGACUGAUUGUAAUACCGACUGUUGCUUAACAUGUGGCUACAAUACUAUUGAAUAUGAGAGAGGAGUGUUGUGGGAAAAUGAAAAGUGCACAGAACAGUGCAUAUGUAACUGUAAUGGACUACCAGAGUGCUACCCUAUUGAAGUUGGCGAAUGUGAAAGAAACAAAACUACUCCUGGGAAUGUAACAACACCAACUCCAACACCAGCUCCAUGUGAUUGUGUAUGGAGUGAUUGGUCAGAUUUUGAUGAAUGUUCUCAGACAUGUGGUAUUGGUAGUGAGACUAGGACUCGAUAUAUUGCCAAAGCUGCCACAGAUGGUUGUGUUGGUUGCAUGGGCAGUACUUCUGAAAGCAGGGACUGUAACCCUGACCCAUGUCCAAUUGACUGUAAAUUAUCGGAGUGGUCUGAUGCCAACGAGUGUUCAGUGACAUGUGGAGUUGGUGUAGUCACCAGGACUAGAUCUGUGGCAGUUGAGAGUAAAUAUGGAGGCAAGGAAUGUGAUGGUAAACUACUCCAACAAGAUACGUGUGUCAAGGAACAGUGUGAUGAGUGCAUCCCUCCAAGCUUCAACUCUUCAUGUGCCUCUCAAUCACUCAGUAUCAAAUCGUGCAGCUGUAUUGGCAAUCCUGAUUGCAUUCUUAAUAGCAAUAAUGUCGCAUGUGAGCCUGGUUGUGUUUGCCCUGAUGAUAUGGUCAUGGAGAAGGGUGAAUGUAAACUCAGGACAGAAUGUGGAUGCAUGGUAGGAACCACACAGUAUCAAAAUGGUGACAAAUGGAAUUUAACUGACUCUUGUUACACUUGCGAAUGCAGUGAAAGUGAUAUUGAAUGUCUGCCAUAUGAUUGCAAUGUUGAUUGCCAAUGGAGUGCUUGGAAUGAUGGAGUCUGCGACAAGCCAUGUAACGGUGGUGAACUGACUAAAUACAGAACAAUUGAAGUGCAGCCUAAAGGUAAUGGGAGACUGUGCAGAGGUCCAUCAAGCAUAGUGACACCUUGCAAUACUGGAUGCUGUGACGUCUGUACAUACAAUGGCAUAGAACAAAAAGUUGGAGUACCAUGGAUCGAAGGAGGCUGUCUUCAAUGCCAGUGCCUCUGCGUCGGACAAUCAGUAUGUUUCCGUAUCAGUGAUAAUUGUACAAGUACCAAAAGCACAACAUACAUCCCACCUGUUACAACUACUGAGAAGGGAAAAGGUGAAGAAACAAAGGAAUGCACCAAAGAACCAUGCCCAUGUGUCAUUGGAUUUAAUUCAUUUUCAAAUCAGGGUUUCCCCUUCAAUAUAUCAGAUGGACGAGCUGUGGCUUAUAAAGAUAAGGAUGGGGAUGAAACUAUCAUACCCGAUGAGUAUAUCAACGUAGGAGACACUGUUGAAUCGGGAAUGAUAUUCAAUGUGGACUGCAGUACUUGUCAAUGUAUGCCCAAUGGCCAAGUAAAUUGUACUUAUGAGGCUUGUACUGGUGAUUGUGUGCUCAGUGAUUGGAAUGAUUGGGGUCCUUGCUCUGAGAGCUGUGGCUUAGGGGUGAGAACCAGGACAAGGAGCAUCAUUACAUCUGGUUCUAAUGGAAGGACUGCCUGUGCAGCUGAAACAUCUGAGUCACAGGACUGCAACACUUUACCAUGCAUAGAGGAGUGUGAGUGGUCAGAGUGGAGUGAGUUUGGUGAUUGUUCAGUCACAUGUGAUGUUGGUGUAAGGACUAGAAAGAGAACUAUUGUAAGAGAUGCUUCACUAGGAGCUAGGCCAUGUGAUGAUGUAGCCAUGCAACAGGAAACAUGUACAAAGAACCCAUGUGAAGAAUGUAUCCCACCUAGCUUCAAUUCAUCAUGUGCCAGUAAAUCAGCAGCUGUGACAACAUGUGAUUGCUUGGAUACCAAUUGUAACCUCAAUGAGGCAGUUGAAUGUAUCCCAGGAUGUACCUGCCCAGUUGGCAUGGUCAUGGAAUAUGGGGAAUGUAAGAAGAUUGAAAAAUGCGGAUGCCUUGUUGGUGAUAUAAAAUAUGAUGCUGGAUAUCAGUGGAAUAGCACUGCGACAUGUGAAUAUUGUGUUUGCCAGGAUGGCAAAGUUAAUUGUACUUCAUAUCCAUGUGAUGUUGACUGCCAGUGGACUGAGUGGAAAGAUGGAAUAUGUAACAAACCAUGUUCAGGUGGCCAAAUCACUAGCUACAGGUCUGUAGCUAUGGAAGCUAAAGGCAAUGGUGCUCCAUGUAGUGGAUCUGACAAAAAGACAGUUCCUUGUAAUGAUGAAUGCUGUGGUACUUGUUAUUUCAAUAAUAUUCAACAUUCACUGGGUGAAACAUGGAUGGAUGGAAAAUGUUCUCAAUGUAUGUGUCUGUGUAAUGGAUCCGCACAAUGUUUACCCAUACCAGGAUGUGGAGCAGUUCAGGCAUGUUCCAAAGCAACAAAACAGGAGUUAGUAACAUUUGACAAAUGUACAUCCACAAGCAAUGUGACGAUGAACUACUGUGAGGGUGGCUGUCCAAGCAGCCAAGGAGCCAUGUUCCUGGAUGGCUCUGAUAACCCUAUUGCUGGUUAUGGGGAACGAGAUUGUAGUUGUUGUACUGCUGUAUUAGAGAAGGAUCCCAUUGAAGUGGAGUUCAUAUGUAGAAGAGACAAGCGUGUUACAAGGAAGAUGUAUGAUGUACAAUCAUGUGCUUGUAACCCAUGUGAAGGAGGAAUGAAAAAUCAGUCCAUCUGCCAGGGUAACAUUAUCAACACAAAUGAUGUCAAACAGGAUGAUACAGAUGAUGUGGAUGUAGAAGACAUCACUGAUGUUGAUUGUGGGGAUAGUCCCAAUGACAAUUUAUAA